AUGGAACCUGUCACCACCUGGAGGAAAACUCUCCUCGUUCUGAACUGUAUCCUACUAACUGGAGGCAACUGUGGUGGCCCUUUGAUCCUCCGCCUCUACUUCAUCCGGGGAGGAAAAAGAGUCUGGUUGUCAAGCUGGAUACAAACUGCCGGCUUCCCAAUUACUCUCAUCCCACUCUUUGUAUCCUACAUGCACCGCCGCCGGAGUGCCGCCCACGGCCACGCCACAGCCACCACCAAGCUUUUCGUAAUGAAACCUUGGGUUUUAGCUGCAUCUACAAUUAUGGGUAUUCUAACAGGCCUCGUUGACUAUUCCUAUAGCUAUGGCAUAGCACGCAUACCGGUGUCGACGUCUUCUCUAAUUGUUGCUACUCAGCUGGCUUUCACGGCCGGUUUUGCUUACCUCCUCGUUAAGCAAAAAUUCACGGCGUAUUCUAUAAAUGCCGUCGUUUUGCUGACAGUUGGUGCAGCAGUUUUGGCUCUUCAUACUAGCGGUGACAGACCGGAGGGCGAGUCGAACAAAGACUAUGCUUUAGGGUUUGUCUUCACGCUUGCAGGGACAGCUUUGGCUGGUUUCAUCAUACCAUUUUUGGAGUUAACGUACUUGAAGGCAAAGCAAGUUGUUACAUAUACUUUGGUUAUGGAGAUUCAAAUGGUUAUGGCUUUCUUUGCUACUGCAUUUUGCACUGUUGGGAUGAUCAUUAACAAGGACUUCCAGGCAAUUUCAAGGGAGGCAAAACAAUAUGAACUUGGAGAAACAAAAUAUUAUUUGGUGCUAGUUGGUACUGCCAUAAGUCUGCAAGGUCUCUUCUUGGGCAUAGGUGGAGUAGUAUUUUAUGGUUCGUCUCUACUAUCUGGCAUUAUAAUCACAGUGUCACUCCCGAUCACUGAAUUAUUAGCAGUAAUUUUCUUUCAUGAAAAGUUUCAAGCACAAAAGGGCGUUUCACUUUUCCUCUCUCUAUGGGGAAUUGUUUCCUAUUUCUUCGGCGAGCUGAAGCAAAGCAAGAAGAAUGUUUGUCACGACGAAGAAGAAUUGGAGAUGGCUCGAGCCGUUGAUCCUUAA